AUGUUUCCGUAUAAUUCAGGUAACCAGCCUCGAAAAUGUCAUUUAAGCUCAAAUGCCAGUCGGAUCGGCAUGUGUCCAGAUGAACAACCCUAUUGCACUACAGUUGCGUCAGCUCCUAAUUUAACGAUUACUCUUGCCUGCGGAGCGGCUCAAGAGUCACCUUGUGUGUUGGAAUACAAAACUGAAUAUCUGUUGACCUGCAUAUGUGAUGACAAUCUCUGCAAUGCGCCUUACAAUCAACAGUUACGGGACGAGCUGCUCAAUUUUUCAACAAACUUUCCGGCGAAUAGCGAUGCCAAUUUGACAGAGAUAUUUUUGAAAUUCACGACGUACGCUAACGUCAGUAACGAAGCCAUUUAUGAAAUGAUAACUGCAAAUACGACAUCGACCUCAAUAGCUCUCGUGACCUCUACGAGCGCUACGACUAAAAACUCAACACACGUUCCUAAGUUGCCACGGGCUGAAGCGUUAAAACACGCGACCAUACCUCCUGAUGAUGAUGAAGAUGAGGGUGAAGGUAGUGGAGUUGAUGAGUCCAAACUACAUGAGCAUGCGUCACCAGCUGCUCCAAGUUCAUUUCUUCCAGCCAAAGAAAAUGGCGCACCUUGUCUUUCUCUGAACAUCUUAUUCUUAGUACCUUUAUUUCUUAACCAAAACUUUUAA